GAUUUUCAGAAGUCUAGCCCAGGCUGUGUCACAGCUGUCUGGAGAGCCUUCCAGCAGAUCAAGGAUCUGUGCCUGAGUGGAGCCUACAAUGAAAUCAGCAGCAAAAUGGCCACAUGCAAUAAGAUCUCUAACAAGGAGGAUGUUUACCAGCUUUUUGGGUUUGCUAGAAAUGCCUUCACCAUGAUGGCCAUGAUGGACUACCCUUACAAAACCGAUUUCAUGGGCCACCUCCCUGCCAAUCCAGUGAAGGUUGGCUGUGAACAAAUCCUUGCCCACACAGACCCAAUUCAAGGCCUGGCUGCUCUUGUUGGGGUGUUUUACAACUCCUCCGGCUCAGCACAGUGUUACGACAUAUACCAGCUGUACCAGUCCUGCGCUGACCCCACGGGCUGCGGCAUCGGCUCAGACGCUGAGGCCUGGGACUACCAGGUUUGCACCGAGAUCAACUUGACUUUCAACAGCAACAACGUGACUGACAUGUUCCCCGAGAUGCUUUUCACGGAGGCCAUGCGAGAGCAGUACUGCUGGCGCAAAUGGCACGUGAGGCCCCGAGCAGACUGGCUGCGGACAAACUUCUGGGGAGGAGACCUGCAAAGUGCAAGCAACAUCAUCUUUUCAAAUGGAGAUUUGGACCCAUGGGCUGGAGGUGGGAUAAAUCGCAGCCUCAGCCCUUCCCUAAUCGCACUGACAAUUAAAGGAGGUGCGCAUCACCUAGAUCUCCGAGGACACAACCCAGCUGACCCCCCGUCUGUCACAGAGGUGCGCAAGCUCGAGGCGAGCAUCAUCCGUGGCUGGGUGAAGUCUGCGGGGAUGGAAAGAGCACGGGAGAAGCACUCGGGAGCUUCAGCACGUGGCCAGCUGUGA